AUGGCCACUGCUUCUACGUCGGAAGACUGGGAGGGGCUUUCGCGCCGUCUGGCCAACUAUAUGUAUCGUUCUAGAGUUGAUGGAUCACUCCUGCAAGACACCCCUGUCGAGCGCGACAAAGCCAUCGCAGAGCUCAACAACACUCACCAAACUGCCCCGUUCAACCCGCAGGCCUCUGUUGACGCGGAGGGUGGUUUAAACGUUGAUCAGUAUCUUGCAAAAGUGGACGAGGCGAUCAGUGAGCUGGAUGACAAGGAGAAGAAUAAUGGCGAUGCUUUCACCAUUGCCGACCGCGUGCUCCGUUUGUAUUGCUUGUUCUCUGCGGCCCUGUUCUGUAGCCAGUACAAAUGCCCUACCGCCCAACUUGACUUUGAUGCCAAUGGCAUGGGGAACGUCAGCCUCCGUGCCCUCCGCAUGAGCCAAGAGAUGUUCAACGAGUCCUCCCCAAGACGCGUUGAUUUGGAACGUUCUCCGACCGACCUCUCCAAUGAGGCGAUCACAGCGCUGCUAGAGGAUCCCGCCGAGCUCGUCAAGCAGAGGUUUUUGUGGUUGAGCGAGGACGAAGACGAAGCUGGCCAGUGGUCGGUGGAGUCGACUGUGCACACCCGUCGUGGCAUCGAAUAUGUGAUCGUCUACGACGAUGCCGAUGGACCUAUCCCGAUGGACAAGGAGUCCAUGCGGGAUAGGACGCCAUUUGUAACACGUUCAACUCCGGGCUCAGGAAUCAACAAGGAUGAGGGCGAGUGA